AUGUCCUACCCCGAUAUUCCAAGCAAAAGUUUCGCUGAAUGGAGGCAAGUAUUCCAUGGUUUUUGGCCAGGCAAGCCAAAGUUUACGGAAAAGGAUUAUCCUACAUUGGAAGGAAAGGUUGUUAUUGUUACCGGAGGAAACACUGGUCUUGGUUAUGAAACUGUCAAAUCAUUAGCAGGAACCACCAAGGCAAGACUUUACAUAUUUUCAAGAAGUGAGGAAAAGACUCUCAAGGCCAUUGAGAAGUUGCAACUUGAAGUUGCCAAAGAGUACAACGUUGCAAACAGAGACAUUGGAUUCAUUCAAGUCGAUUUAGGUGACCUCACCAGCAUCAAGCCUGCGGUUGAGAAAUUCUUGAAGCAAGAGGACCGAUUAGACAUUAUCAUCAACAACGCCGGCGUGAUGAUGCCACCACAAGGAGCAAAAACUAAACAAGGGUAUGAGUUGCAAAUUGGUACGAAUGUGUUGGGUCAUCACUUGUUGCAACGUUUGUUGGAUCCUAUUUUCAUCAAGACUUCAAAAACAAACCCACCAGGAUUAUCAAGAAUUGUGUGGUUGUCAUCCACGGGUCACAUGUCUGCUCCUAGAGGUGGAAUUUUCUGGGACGACAUCGCUUUUGACAAGGUACCAAAGUUCAACACAAACAUUAAGUUGCAACUUUACGGACAAAGCAAAGCUGCUAAUUUGAUUCAAGCUCGCACAUGGUCAAGAAAACACGGUUAUCCAAAUGUUAUUAGUAGCUCAAUUUGUCCUGGAUAUUUGAACACUGAGUUGCAAAGAUACUCAUCGCCAGUGGAAAGAUACAUUUACAGGUACCUUUUUCACCCACAAAGAUACGGUGCCUAUACUGAAUUAUACGCCGCCUUUUCGCCAAACGUGAAAGAUGGUGACCAUAGUGUUUCAUUUGGAACUCCUGCCAAAGGUAGAAAGGACUUGUUGAGUGAUGAAGUUGGCGAUAAACUUUGGGACUGGCUUGAAAAGGAAACUGACCCAUACGUCUAG